AAAGUCAACCACUUUCCCUCGACUAGUGCUUGUCCCCAUGAUUAUUUUAACCGCCACUUACCUGUAUUAUUAACUGUCCCUCCCCAUAUUAUUAUUAUUAACCGCCACAUCUCUGUGGUCUUCCCUCCCAACAAGCCCAAAGGCCCAAUCUUUGGUCCAAUAACUUUGUGCCCGGAUCCGAUACAUGGAGCCCCGGGAAACAAAAGGGGGCACAACCAACGAGAGCUUCGGCUUCCCAACUCCCUCCCGAUUCUUCAUCAUCAACCAACUCCGGCAAUAAACCUCCGACAACAUUCCAGCAGCAACUCGGACGAGCACUGACCCAUGGUCGUUAUGGUUCAGCUUUGGUAAACCAGAGAAAGUUGCAAUUUGUGCAAUUCUGCUACUGGAACGGAGGAGGAGGGAACAUUAAUUGCUUACAGUGAAACCUAGAAGCUGACGGGGGAGAGAGAGAGAGAGAGGGGGCAAUGGCAUUUUGGAGUCGCGUCAAGGAAUCUCAGAUUAGGGUUCUAUCAAACAGACUAAAAAGAUGCUAUUUUUAUACACAUAAUCCAACUGAACUGCCGCGGUAUGCUUCAUCGCAUGCUUCAAUUCGGGUUCUGAACAAGCCCAACCUAACUAUCCAUACGAAUCGGGUCGAGUUUAUGAACAGCGUCAGGUUCUUCGCUGCACCAGUUCAGGCUAAACCGAAGAAGGAAGAAAAGGACACAGGUGGGCCGAAAUUGAAUGAGAAGGUGACUGCAGCUUUCGUUCGUCUAGUCACUGGUGAAGAUCAUGUUGUAAUAUCAAGGCUUGAAGCUCUGAAUCGUGCUAAGAGUCUUAAUCUAGAUUUAGUUGAGGUUGAUCGAAAUGCCAAGCCACCUGUCUGCAAGAUUAUGGACUACAAUAAAGAGAAGUAUCUGUAUCUAAAACAAGUAAAGGAGAAAAAGAAGAUGAAGGCUAAUUUGACUUUAAAGAAAGGUGGUUGCAAGGAAGUCCGGUUUCUUGGUAAAACUGAAAAGAAGGAUUUGAAGAUUAAAGCAGAUACAAUUAAGAGAAUGAUGGACAAAGGUUAUCGGGUUAAGUGUAUGGCCGUGAGCAAUGGUUCUGAUAAUGAAAACUUGGGAGAGGUGCUGUCCCGUCUCUCUUCUCUGAUAGAGGAUGUUGCAUUGAUUGAAAGUGGACCGCAUGUGGAAAAGAAACAGGCAUAUAUUGUUGUGAGGCAUGUUAAGUUUGGUCCACCAAAGAAGGGCGCGGGAAAGAAGGCUUCUAGUGUUGCUGCUACCUCUUCAGUUGACAAUCAAGAGUCGGAAAUGGAUUCUGAUGCUGCAGACGUCAGAGUGGAACCCGGGGAUGAUUGCAUUACAGAAGAUUUGAGAAAUGAUGACGUGGAAAACAAAUUGGACUGGAGGGCUUCUGAUGAUACAGAUGAAGUUUCCAAUACUGGCCAUUCCAAAUUUGCUUCCAUGGCUGCAGCUUCAUCUGCUCCAUUUCAGGAAAACAGAUAUAGAGGAGAAUCAGGGAACAUAUCUCCAAGAGGAAAGGAUAAUAGGUAUCUCAGACAACCUGCAAACGGAGCUGAGAGAGAAAAUAGGUAUAGACGAGAAGCAGCAGCUUCCUCUGCUUCGUCUCAGACUCGACCUGCAGGUGCAGGAGAAAAUAGAUACAGAAGAGAGACUGUAAACCCAUCUUCUACUUCAAGGCAAGCUCCUCCUGGGGGAGACAAUAAUAGGUAUAGAAGAGAGCAACCACAAUUUAAUAUGAAUUCUUCUUCUUCUUCUUCUUCCUCGCCUCAAAGAAAAAGUGCAGAUCCCCGUUUCUUGAAUAACUCUUCCAGCAACGGGUUCACAGAACAACAUUCCUCUCAAUCUGGUGCUCACAGGUCUCCAGCCUCAGGCUAUGGUAUCUUUAGUGUUCCACAAGGUGAAAAUGCUCCUGGAAAACAGAAUGUAGCAACAGAGCCUAAUAGAUACAAGAAAGAAAAUACAGCUAAUUCUUCUACUAACCCUUAAUGCCCUUGGGAGAGCUCAAAACUCAAAAGGUGGCCCCCAGACAGGAAAACUUAGAACAACCAUUUUAAUUAAUUUGAAAAGAUCAUUUGUUUAGAAUAUUUCAAACUCCUAAUGCUUCUGCUAUAUUUAUUCUUUUUUAUUUUUUAUUUUUAAGAUGCUUGGCACAUUUGGAAUUUUUGCUGUACUUUAUACACAAUUAAUUUAUUCUCAUAGCGUUUUACUUCA